AUGAGAAUAGCUUUAAUAAAAAAUUAUGCAGUAUCUGUUUGUCGACUUACCUUCAUUAAACUCCGUUCCUCCCUUCCUGCUGCUCUUCUCUCAAUUCCUCUAACUUUGACAUUAUUUUGGAUUACUGGACUUUCAGAUUAUUUUUUUGAAAUAAAUUUUGAUGAUUUUAAAUGGCCUCCAUUUGUCGAUGUCCAAAAACUAGUUUCAUUAGAAUUACUUGGUUAUUCAACAGAAAUACCCCCAAUUAAUCUUUUGACACAAUUUCAAUUUCUUUAUCGCCCAACUUGUAAAAACAAUCGGUUAACUCGAAAACGUUCAAUUCUUGUUAUUGUAAAAAGUGCUCCUGAGCGAAUUAAAAAUAGAGAAGCAAUUCGUUCAACUUUUGGUUCUUCUUUAGAAAAUGAGAAUUUAACUGGUGGUUUUCGUUUUCGAAUAAUUUUUGUUUUUGGAAAGCCUGUUGAUUCUGUAAUGGAUAAUUUAGAAUUUAUAUAUUCAAUUAAAUUUGCACAUAAUUAUUGUAAUGGGGGAACUGUUCCUUUUGUUUUGUUAUUGGAUGAUGAUUAUUUACUUUUGCCUUGGAAUUUAGCAGCAGAAGUUGAAAAACAUGUUGCCCAUGAAAGGUUAUAUAUGGGUUGGCGUUAUGAUACAUCUCCCUUUCGAUUGAGAUGGAGAAAAUUUAGAGUAAGCAUAUCAGAAUAUCCUUUCAAUGCCUAUCCACCAUAUAUUACAGCUGGUGCUGUUCUACUUUCUGGACAGUCUAUUAAUGAAUUUUAUAUUGCCAUUCAACACACUGCUAUUUUUAUAUUUGAUGAUAUUUAUACAGGUAUUCUCUCCUAUUUAUUAGCAAUUCAACCACAACAUAAUCCAAACUUUUCUCCAUUCCCUCAUGUUGAUAACACAGACUGGUGGAAAACUUUAAUUGCAGAACAUGGGUAUUCCCCUAUUUUACUUAAUUCUACUUAUAAUGAAUUAGUGGAAAUAAGAAAAGAAGAAUUUUUAAAAAAUUAA